GGUUCCGCGUUUUACAAAAUGCCAGCUCAUCUUCUGUAUCCCCUGUGGUCAACUGCCAGGCGAUAUUCGGUCACCAGUUUUGUAGAUUGGCGUGACAAUCGCUUUCUUCCAAGCAGAGUGAAGGCGGCCUUCGUCAAGCGACUGACGAAACACCAUUCAGUUCAGUUUGCUUGGGCUAACUGUGCGCAACUGGAGUGGCGAAAGACCAGAGGUAGACAACCUACGCCAAUCUACCGAACUGGUAGGCGAAUAUCGCCUGGCAGCUACAGGCUCAUUAGUUUCAUUGGUGUCCCGUGCGAGGUGAUGGAAUGCAUUCUGAAGCAAGCCAUCCUAGAUCACCUUCCAACAGCUUGAAAACCCCAGACAAUGUACAUCAAGUCGUUAAUUAUUGACGGGUUUAAAUCAUACUGCCAACGAACAGAGAUCAACGGUUUUGAUCCACAGUUCAACGCAAUCACUGGCUUGAAUGGUUCGGGGAAGUCUAACAUCCUAGAUGCCGUGUGCUUUUUGUUGGGUAUUACCAACUUGUCGCAGGUGCGAGCCGCCAAUUUACAAGAGCUCGUGUACAAAUGUGGUCAGGCUGGUAUCACAAAGGCCACUGUCAGUGCUGUGUUCGACAAUCUGGAUAAAUCUCAGUCUCCUUAUGGCUAUGAACAAUUCGAUGAACUGACAAUCACACGACAAGUAGUUUUCAGAGUGCACGACCUAUUCCACUCUGUUCAACUCAAUGUGAACAAUCCACAUUUUCUAAUUAUGCAAGGACGCAUCACAAAAAUACUUAACAUGAAGCCACCAGAGAUCCUGUCACUCCUAGAAGAAGCUGCUAGCACCAAAUUGUAUGAGCACAAAAAGGAGAUGGCCCUCAAAACAAUCGAGAAGAAAGAUGGCAAGUUACGAGAGAUCGACCGAGUUUUGCGUGAAGAUAUUAACCCGACAAUCACAAAACUACGUGAAGAACGUAGCAGUUAUCUGGAAUAUCAAAAUAUUGUUCGGGAAAUGACGCAUUUAGAAAAGUUCAUCAUUGCCUACGACUUCUAUUGUCUUGAAGCGGCAAAACAUAGAAGCAAAGAAGACCUGGUUGCUCUGGAGCGGUCACUAAGCGAGCUCAAAGAGAAAGUGAAACAGUUUGUAGAAGGUAAAACGAGCGUCGAGCGGCGUAUAGUGGAACUGAGCGCACAACGUGAUGAGGGUUCUGCCCUGGAGGAACUCGAAUCUGUCAUGUCUACCUGUCAGAAAACAGAAGCAGUUGCGAAAGGUGCUGCUAAUCGGGCCAGUGAAGCUCUUCGUGCUGCUAACCAGCGAAUAAAGAACUUGGAAUCCCAGUGCACCGAAACAGAGACACAAUUGAAUGCUAAGCAUGAAGCGGCCGAAGCAGCAGCUGGAAAGGAGUUCAAGGCUAUCCAGGCAGAGGCUGAAGACGCUAAAGCCAAGCUAGAAGCUGCGCAACGUCGUUUGCAGGCCGCCAAUUCCGGACUAUCGAGCGGUGAAGAUGGCGUGGCAGCGAGCUUGGCCGAGCAGGCUCGGAUGGCUGAUGGAGAGAAAUGUGCGGCACAGACCGAGCUUCGUCAGCUUGAAAUGCGCCAAAAACAUCUACGAGCCGAACUAACCAAACAGGAAGCUGCCGUAGUUAAGGUAUUCGGGAGGCUUAGCAUGAGUGCCUCCAAAUCUAAGGAGGAAAUUGAGCAACAGCGACUGACAGAAGAAAUCGAAAAGCUGACGCAACGCCUGACACGGGCUGAGGCGGAUGAUCGAGCUCUGGGUAGUGAAGCAGCCCUGGCUGAACGGCAGUUCGCCUUGGCGAAGGAGGCCCGAGAGGCUCGACACCAGGCAAACGCAGCGUCAGCUAAUUUCCCCCAAUUGGCAUUUGAGUUUACCCAACCUGAACCCAACUUUGAUCGCUCUCAUGUUUAUGGGCCCGUCGCCAAACUGAUUAAUGUAACGGACCUGAAGUAUGCAACUGCUUUAGAAGUUGCCGCCGGCGCAAGGUUGUACAACAUCGUUGUGGACUCCGAUCGUACAAGUAAGCUACUCCUUGAACGUGGGCAACUUCGUCGUCGUGUUACCAUACUCCCGUUGAACCAAAUUCGUGGUUCCUCGAUUCCUCCGGCAGUUGUUAGGCAAGCUGAAUCUCUGGUUGGGGCUCAAAAUGUUGCGACUGCUCUCUCCUUGAUCGAGUACCCUUCGCAUCUCCAACCCGCCAUGGAGUAUGUUUUUGGCAACAUCCUCGUUUGCCCUGACCUAAAUACGGCGAGGCGCGUGGCUUUCCACCCGGGCAUCGAACGCCGAACCGUCACUUGGGAAGGCGAUGUGUUUGAUCCUCAGGGAACUCUUUCUGGUGGCAGCCGUGCACCAGCAUCAGAGAGCCUGUUAUCCCGGUUGUUCAGCUGUAAUCAACUAGAAUCGAUAGCUCAAAAGGCAGAAGAUGAAUUGAAGCGCGGUGACUUCAAUCUACAGGCAGCCCGAAAAAGAUCUCAAGAGAUCGCGCAGUUGCGGGAGGCCUUGGACGCCGCUCGCCAUCAGUUGGGCAUUCUGGAGACGGAACUACGUCAAACUGAUAAGCACCGACUAAAGGCGGAUGUGAUUGCAACUAGAGAGGAACUGGAUCCCCGCCUGUUCGGCCAUCAAAUCUACGUCUGCUGGAGUGAGCUGGAAUCAGUUAAUUUGGUUCGUUUCAUUAUCCCCAGCAGAUUACUUGACGGCAUCUCCGACUUACAGAUCGGGAACUCACAACUUGGUGUUGCACAAUCAUUGCCAUCUUCAUAUACACCUUACGGCUCCAUCCGUAUGUUAUUUCGCACAGUACGCACUCUGUAUUUGCAUCACAUUGUGUUGAAGCACAUCCUUAACUCACAUCUCACCGUCUAUUUGUUUUUGAUGUCCCGCUAUUUAGAGCGAGUUGCUUCGGCAUUGGAGCAAGCAAAAGAUCGCUUAGCAAAAGCAUGUACUAAAGCUGAACAGGCCCAUACGAAGGCUGUUAAUGCGGCUGCUGAGAGGGAGAAAGAAAAACAUGAAGCGGAAGCUGCCCUGACCGAAGCGAAAACCCGUGUUGAGGCAACAGCGAACGCAUUGAGAGAUAAGACAGCCGUGAAAGAGACUUUACGUCUGGAAGCGGAAGAACUGACAAAAGAAUUGAACGUGUUGAAACUGACCUUACAAGAGGCGGAAGCCAGUCUGAAGGCAGCGGAGGAUGAAGUCGCAAAGUGCACUGAAGAAUUAAAGAAGGCUACGAGAGAAUUGCAAGAGGCUCGAGCCGCGGUCACAAAGCAGCGCAAUCUGAUUGACGAGACAGUACGUGCCUUGGCAGCUGCCGAAAAGCGUGUCAACCAACUCGUACAAAAUAUCAAUCAAACUAAUGUCCAAAUCGAGAAGCUCAUGCAUCAGCUGGAGUUACAGACAAAAGAAAGUGAAGAAGCCGGUUGUAAGAUCGAACGCCUGUUAACGGCACAUCCUUGGAUCACUGAGGAGCGUCAACAUUUUGGUGUCGAAAAUGGCGCAUACUGUUUUACCACCCGAGAUCCCAACGAGGCGCGUCGGCGGAUACAAACACUGAAGGAACGCCGAGAACGUCUUAGUCGCACAGUGAAUAUGCGGGCCAUGAACAUGCUUGGGAGUGCCGAAGAACAGUAUGCCGAACUGAUAAGACGACAGGAGAUCGUUUUGGCUGAUAAGCGCAAAAUUCAAGCUGUCAUUGAUGAUUUGGACAAACGGAAAAAGGAGGUUCUAAUGAGUGCCUACAACAAGGUUAAUGAGGAAUUUUGUAAUAUCUUCGGCACACUUCUUCCGGGGAGCAAAGCUCGACUCCUUCCCCCUGAGAACAUGACGGUUUUGGAUGGUCUAGAGAUCAAGGUGGCCUUUGGUGAUGUAUGGAAAGAUUCCCUCAGUGAACUGAGUGGGGGUCAGCGAUCCCUUGCUGCACUCUCUCUCAUUCUUGCCCUGUUGCUGUUUAAACCCGCACCACUGUAUAUUUUGGACGAGGUGGACGCAGCCCUGGACUUAUCGCAUACUCAAAACAUUGGACAGUUGAUUAAGAAUCACUUUCAGCAUUCUCAAUUCCUGAUUGUUUCCCUAAAGGAUGGAAUGUUCAAUAAUGCCAAUGUCCUGUUUAAAACAAAAUUCCAAGAUGGUGUAUCUACUGUUACCCGGCAUGUACCGUUUCGCGGCGCGAAGAACGCAAAUGAUGAGAACGUGCCAUCCAACAUAGAAAAGCAGCGCAGGAGGGUGCGCUAAUGUACCUAACAGUUGUUCUAUUAUUUUGUUUCACCGAGUUAAACCUGUACAACUGAAUUUAUACGUUUCAUUGUCCGUACACACCCUGUACAUUACCAUUAUAUGCAUAUUUAUUGUAAGUUUUUUCUUAUUUAGAGUGGAGUUUCAACCCCAAUUACCUUACUUAACGAUUGUUUCAUUGAUGGUACUUGGUCGCCCUUCGUCCUUAGAUGCCGACUGACUUCUAGUGUGGUUGUCUGCGUCAAGACAUAUUACCUGAAAGGAUAUUGCUAAUAAUUCAUGUUCC